AUGUGAUCUCCUCCCCCGGCCAUGUUAGGAUCCAGGGGUCUGAUUGCUUCUUUUCGACCCCAGCUCCCUCUGGGUGAGAACCCACACGCCAUCUUGCAGACAGUUUACCAACAUGACUGCCGGUGUUUUCAAGGGCUCCUCAGGCUGUGUUCAACAUGAAGAGGUCGUUCCCUUCUUUUACCCUCGCACACCCCUCCAAAUCUCCAUCAUUGCUUUCCCUUCCGACUAAGAACCUCCUUCGUUUACUUCAUCCUUAAGAGGGCAGUUUGACUGACCUUUGUCUCACCAUUGCGGUACCCUUCUCGCUUGCCUGGAUUGCCUUGCCCGAACAACGGUUCUUCAAAAGACGACUUGUUCCGCUACCUGACGCAACUUUAUCAACCACGACCUCCUCACUCUCUUUUCUUCUAUUUGAUAUUGCCCAGCCAGUCUGACCAAGUCACUCUUUACUUGUAAUCGACAAGAUAUCGAUCUGCCAUUCGUUCAUACGUUUAAGAUUUCAAGUUUUACAGAACCUGACCCUGACUUACACGCGGGCCUGAAUUCUUCAUUCCAAUCGUUACCACCAACGCCCGUUACAUUCCUGAAUAAAAGCCAGUGAUGGAGAACAUGGGUUCAUACCACCACCAACCCCAGUGGUCUGGCUGGGGCUACCAGAGCGCUGCCCACCAGUACCCCAGAUACUCUCAACAACUACCAAGUUAUGCGGCUUACCUCCCUGAAUCAAUGGAGCUUUACAAUGCUCACCAGGGGCAUCUCCUACAUCAUCACCAAAUGUCUAGAACAACUGAGACAAAGCCUCGACUCUCUAAAGAGGAAGUAGAGAUCCUCGAGGCCGAGUUUCAGAAGAAUCACAAGCCCAACAGCACUACCAAGAAGGCACUGGCUGAGUCUAUGAGAGUAGACAAUGCCCGUAUAAAUAACUGGUUCCAAAACCGACGAGCACGGGAGAAGAAGGAGAAGAACAUCCGCGAAUACGCGGCGAAACAGCGAAUAGACAGAGAUACAACUUCUAAUGACUCCGGUGUUCGUUCAGACGACGACCAUCUCUCUGAUCGGGUUGUUUCCAGCGCUCCAUUCCCAGCCCCUCGCCCUCUCGAAACCCGGUCGACAGACGUAUCAAGUCCUGAGCAUGAAAGCGAGAAUGAUGCUAGCCACUCCGAUUUUGGUGUAGGCUCAUCCCCAGAUCUAUCUUCUCAACCUACACCAGAGCCUGCAUCCGUAUCUUUCAACACAUCCCUGCCCUCUUACAGUCAGUAUCCUCAGCUGAUUGUGCCCAACGAGGAUAAUGAACCUACUCCUUCAUUACCCCAGCAGUGCUUCCCUCGCCUGUCCACAUCCUCUAUUCAGGAGCAAUAUGUUUACUCCGGCAACAACCUUGCUGUGGACCAGCCCUCUAUGGGUCUGAAGCCCUCCCCUUCAAUGGAUAUUGCAUCUCGUCGAAACAGGCGCCCACCUCAACUUGCCAUCAACGCCUCCCGCAGUUACUCAGCAAGCGGUCCUAGGACCGGAUUCGACAUGGGAAGGAGGGCAGAUGUUGGCCACUCAAUGCGUCGUGUCGCUUCCGCGACUGGCGUCGGCCGUAUCAGCAAACCCUGUGGUGGCCCGCGAAGCCCCUAUUUUGAGAGAAACCCCGAGGCUCUCAUGCAGCUUAACCGCUCCCCUAACUUCCAGACUGCUGCAACAAUCGCACCGCCCACUCCCAAUACACCGGUCGUAGCAAACCCGCAGGGCUUAUGCGAGGCCACUCCGGCUAGCUCAGUAGCAUACGAAGAGAAGUACCCAAUGGAUCUUGCCAUUCACGACCCAACUCUGCGUACCCCACCGACUACACCAGGUGUCAUGGAUCAACUUUACAGCAACGAAUCUGUAUAUCAGGUCGCCGUGGCGGAUGAACCUCUGGUGACACCAGGGCUGGCGCCAUACCCCAAUGACUUCGAGGUUCCAGGUACCUCAAGCCAAGUACCCAACUAUGUUUCCCAGGGGUGCUCUAGCCAGCCCCAGACCCCUUCUUACGGUGCCACAAUGGGGCCUUCCUACUUUGGCUUCGCUGGUGGCAAUGCUGAGUACAACUGGUCCGACGACGCCUCAUUAUCAGCACAUUCCUCGCCUGGACAGAGCCAGCAGAGCGUCAAUUUUAUGAACAUGACGCCCUCCAGCUUCACAUACUCGGACAAGUAAAUGUCCAAACAUGACCCAGAAACGGGUCGUGACACACUGCUACCAGCACCAACGGCCUCUUACAGCUUGUACAUAACAGCGAUUUCUUUUCUAUAUCAUCAAGGGCAUUGUACAGUAUAGACACAAUGUCUUCACAGCAGCAGAAAAUUGACACUUGUCAAAGCUAGCAACCAUUGUUUGUUUCUAUUUUGUUUCUGUCUUUUCUGUAUUUUAUGAAUGAAUACAACGGCAUCAUACCCUAAUGUAAUGGGAGGACGGCACUGGCUGGCGCUCAGGCAUGUACACAGGGAGCGGAGUUUAUCAUCAUCACGGAGGAUCAGGUACCACGGAAUUGGCGCGAGAUCUUAGCCGGGAGAAUAUCAUUCAUGGAAGGUACCACAUUGGAACGCCUCUAUACCAUGACCGCUGGAAAAGUUGGGAGCACAUGGAGAAGCACUUAGGAAAAGGCAGAAAUAUAUUUGAACCUAUAAUUCAAUGAAAGUCAUCUCUACGUCGCAUAGUUGAAUUUGUUAAACAGGA